AUGGAAAAUCCGAAUCCAGAUGGAUCUGUUUCGAGGCGUGUUUCACUGAGAAAGAGAGUUAAUUUCCGAAGUUACAAUGAGGGUAUGAUCGAUGAUGAGCUUUUUGACAAGUUGGAUAGUAGUUUGAAGAAGAAGAAGGGACCCAAAUAUGAUGUGAAUAAAGAGACUGACACCGAGGCUAUGAUUGCCUUCUCGCUUGGCUUCCCGAUUGAUGCUUUGCUUGAGCAUGAGAUUCAAUCUGGGGUUGUUAAAGAAUUGGGUGGGAAAGAGCAGAAUGAUUAUAUUGUUAUUAGGAAUCAUAUAUUGGCUCUUUGGAGGGACAAUGUUCGGAUUUGGUUGACAAAGGGACAGAUUAGAGAAAUCGUCACUAAUGAGUUUGAACCUUUGCUUAACUCUGCAUAUGACUAUCUUUUAUACAAUGGGCAUAUAAAUUUUGGGGUUUCGCCGUUGUUUAUUUCCCAGUUUCCUGAGCCAAAGGAAGGGACUGUUAUUGUUAUUGGUGCUGGUCUUGCUGGGUUGGCUGCGGCGAGGCAGCUAUUGUCGUUUGGUUAUAAGGUUAUGGUUUUGGAAGGUAGGAACCGUCCGGGGGGCAGGGUUUAUACUCAGAAGAUGGGGAAAGAGGGUAAGUUUGCGGCCGUGGAUCUUGGUGGGAGUGUUAUUACUGGAAUUCAUGCUAAUCCUUUAGCGGUUCUAGCACGACAACUUUCUCUUCCGCUUCAUAAAGUUAGAGUUGAUUGUCCUUUAUACAAGCCAAAUGGGGAUCCAGUUGAUAAGGAAUUAGAUAAAAAUGUUGAAUUUGCAUUUAAUAGGUUGCUUGACAAAGUUAUGGAGCUGAGGAAAAUUAUGGGUGGGUUUGCAAGUGAUACUUCACUUGGUUCAGUCUUGGAGACACUCAAGGCUUUAUAUGCUGUGGCUCAAAGUACUGAUGAGAAGCAAUUGUUGAAUUGGCAUCUUGCGAAUUUAGAAUAUGCAAAUGCUGGAUGUCUUUCAAAUCUUUCGGCUGCCCAUUGGGAUCAGGACGAUCCUUAUGAAAUGGGCGGUGAUCAUUGUUUUCUUGCUGGAGGCAAUUGGAGAUUGAUAAAAGCUAUGUGCGAAGGGGUUCCUAUUUUUUAUGGGAAGACUGCCAACACUAUCAGAUAUGGGAAUGAGGGUGUUGAGAUUAUUGUUGGAGAUCAAGUUUUUCAAGCCGAUUAUGUCUUAUGCACUGUGCCUCUCGGAGUUCUGAAAAAGAAGGCUAUUAAUUUUGAACCUGAAUUACCUGCAAGAAAGCUGGAAUCAAUUGAGAGGAUGGGUUUCGGGCUACUGAACAAAGUUGCUAUGGUUUUUCCACAUGUGUUUUGGGGAGAAGAAUCAGACACAUUUGGAUGUCUCAACGAAAAUAGUCAUGAUCGUGGGGAGUUCUUUUUAUUUUACAGUUACCACACUGUUUCUGGGGGUUCAACACUUAUUGCACUGGUGGCUGGUGAAGCUGCACAAAACUUUGAAGCCACAGAUCCAUCCAUCUUGCUUCAUCGGGUUUUGACCACUCUAAAAGGUAUUUUUAAUGCUAAAGGCAUCACUGUGCCUGAUCCAAUUCAAUCAAUUUGUACGAGAUGGGGAAGCGAUCCCCUUUCUUAUGGCUCAUACUCUCAUGUUAGUGUGCAUUCAUCUGGUAAGGAUUAUGAUAUACUUGCAGAAAAUGUGGGGAACAGACUAUUCUUUGCAGGCGAGGCCACUAGUAGGCAGUUUCCAGCCACUAUGCAUGGCGCUUUCUUGAGUGGCUUAAGAGAAGCUUCAUGCAUUUACCAGUUAACCCAUAAUGAGCAAGUUAAUCCUAAGAAAUCCCUGCCUAAGAAUGGAGGAGCAGUAAACAUGAUCCUGGUUAAUUUAUUCAAGAAGCCUGAUUUGGAAUCCGGGAAUUUUGCUUUCAUAUAUGAUUCUUCAUCAGAAGAUCUGCAGUCAAAGGCGAUUAUGCAGAUCACUUUUGGUUGUACUGAAGAAAUUUACCAGGAGAUAUUAAACUGCUAUCCAAAUCCCACAAAGUUUCCAUUGCAGCUUUACACCAUUAUGUCCCGUGAACAGGUGCAACAGAUGCAGCAAAUUCCUGGAGAUGGUGAAAAGAUGUUGUCAUUUUUGACAAAGAACCUCGGGUUGAAUUUUAUGGGUAUAAAUACUUUACUUAAUGCUGGCAACUCGAUUAUCACUAGUAUCGCUGCCUCAAGAAAAAGCAAGAGGAACCGCAAACGUACAUAG